AUGAUCAAUGAUCUUGUUAAGGAUAACCCUACUUUAAAAACCCAAUAUUUAGAUGAAGCUGAAUGGAAUAAAAUUGAGAUCAUCAUUACACUACUUGAACCUAUGGCAAAAGCAACUUCUAUUUUAUUAUCAUCAACCCAUCCAACAAUGGAAGAUUUGCAUAUAAUAUUCUCAACUAUUUUAAGUAUUUUAUGUGAUAUAGCAAUAACUGUAUACAAACUUCUAUAUAGUGCUUAUACACAAUAUAAAGAAUUUGAUAUAUCUAUUACCAAAGAUGAUAUAGACUUCCCAAGAAAUUAUUUUAAAAAACAUCAAGAUGAAAAAUUAAAUAAUACUUCAAUGG